AGUCCAAGAAAAAACAUUAAUGUCAUGCUACGCCCACUGAUUGAUGAAUUAAAGAAACUUUGGUGUAAUGAGGUCAAGACAAAUGAUAACUUUAGGUAUUAAUAUUUCAUUAUGAGAGCAACACUGAUGUAGACAAUUAGUGACUUCCCUAUAUAUAACAUGCUAUCUGGAUGGAGCACACAUGAUAGAUUCUCAUGUUCGUAUUGUCAGGAAAAUUCUAAGGCAUUCCACCUCCAAAACAGUCGGAAGAUAUCAUUUAUUUAUCAUCACCAAUAAUUUUUACCCUCGAUAAUCCAUUUAGGAAAAAUAUGAAUGAUUUUAAAAAAGACCAUGUAGAGAAUCUUGCUUUACUAGAGAGAUUGUUGGGUGAUGAUAUGUAUCGAAAUAUUCAACAACUGCUCGAUAUAUUAUUUGGGAAGCCAUCUCAAAGGUAGAUAAUCAAAGGAUUUGGUAAUUGACAUAAUUGGGUUAAAAGGAGCAUCUUUUGGGAGCUUCUUUAUUAGAAGACAAACUUAAUCUGUCAUAAUUUUGAUGUAAUACACUAUAAGAAAAACAUUUUUUGAUAAUAUCUUUCACACUGUCAUGGAUGACCUAUUAACGAAGGACAGCUUGAAGGCAAGGAUAAAUAUGGAAUUGUAUUGCAAUAGGCCAAGUCUUUGUAUACUAGAAAGAGGCUUUAAUGCAGGUAAAAAAUUGAAAGCCACUUAUGUCCUAAAUAGGGAGUAGAGAAAAUCGAUGUGCCAAUGGCUAAAGAAUCUUAGAUUUUCUGAUGGUUUUGCAUCCAAUAUCUCUCUAUGUAAAUAUGUAAGAGGCGAAAGUUAGAGGGAUGAAAAGUCAUGAUUGCCACAUAUUCAUGCAAAGUCUCCUUUCAAUCGCAUUUUGUGAUUUUCUCCCAAAGCAAGUUUGGGAAGCACUUACUAAGAUUAGUGAAUUUUUUAGAACCUUAUGUUCUCCAACCAUUCAUGUUACAGAUAUGGAGAUUUGGCAUGUGAAGAUUGUAGAAACAAUUUACCAACUUGAAAGAAUCUUCCCUCUUUUUUUGUAUUCGAUUGAGCAUCUAGUAAUCCACCUUCCAUAUAAAGCCAAGAUGUAUGCAUGGAUUGAAGAGUUCAAUGAAAAUAAAGCUCAUCCAAAAGGAUCAAUAUGCGGGAAUUACACAAUGAGUGAGAUCUCAUACUUUAUCUUGCUUUAUUUUGAAGGAGAACUUGAGACGAGAUGAUCACAACCCUAGGAAUCUUGUUAGCCUAGGCCCUUCAAUUAAUAUUGGCCUUUCAAUAUUCAGUAAUUUGGUUCUCUACAACAACAACAAAUGUUCACAAUGGAGGAGCGUAAUGUUACAAUGUAUUAUAUAUUCUAAUGAAUUGUAAAGAACUGAAAGGAUGGAUUAAGUAAAUACAUUUUCCCAAUCUUUAUCCUUAACGACAUUAGAGAAAUUAAAUGAUUUACUUUAAU